CAAGGUAUUGUACACUUAGGACGGAAUCAACUCGGAAUCCAGCUCUCUGAAACACAUUCGAUAGUGGAGAAAAUUCCAGAAAAUUUGUAGUAUACCUUUUCUUCUUUUUCGGCCAUCGGCUCUCUAAUUUUGUUCCUCCAAGUUCCAAGAAAAAUUCAUAGAAAUCUGGGAAGUCCGAAGAAGUUUGGGAAGAUACCAGAACGUCUAGAGGAAUCGAGAGCCAUAAAUUCCAAGUGCUGAUAGAAGACUACAGAGCCAAGCCACCAUGAACAAGGCACAGCGUCAGGACUCUAACCACCGCAAAUCCCUGAAUCUGCUGGACAAGGCGCUGCCCAUUUCGGUGGCCACCGCACCGCAGCUGCGAUCUCGCCGCCAAUUCAGUUUCAAUGGCCUGCGGUACGAGAUGAAUGGGCUGCUACCAUUGCCGCCACCGCCGCCCACGCCCACGUCCACGCCGCAGGUGCAGCUCUCGAGGCUCCGGGCAGGUGGAGGAGUUGGUGGCUGCCAGGAGCGGCAGCAGACUGCUGGCUCCAGCCACUCGAUGAAUGCCAAGUCUAUGGUCGAGUCAGCCGGCGGAGAUGGUGGUGCAACACGGCCGGAUCGAAAGGGAGUCUGGCCCCAGCAUGUCAGUUUGGGUGACAGAGCCUUGCUGAUGAACGGCGGGUUGCGCAUGCCCAGGAGAAGCGAGCUGGGCUUUCCGACGACGAAGCCCACAGCGAAAAGGACAUGCUCCCAAUUGUCCGUCCAAGUCGAAGGGCUCGACAGGAAGCUGGAGCGUAGGGAUGCUGCAGAACAUAUGCCGGAUCGCGAAGAUCUCAGGCGAGAGAAGAAGCAUCGACGCAGGCCGCACUCAAUGGAGUUGCAGGAGGGCAGGGGAUCUGCCCCGGAUCAGUGUGACCUGACCUCUCAGCAGAGCUGGAUGUUGGCCCAGACCCUGCUGAAGGCCUACGGAAGCGGACUGGUGCAAACGUCCGGCGGCAAUGGAGCGUCCGCCAAGAUGGACUACAUCACUCUGACCGGAUUGGUGCUCGGCUGCGUGGCCUCCCACGUCCUCUUCUUCCUGUGCUGGUACUUCAGUUGGCUGAAGAGCCGGGCGAUCGGGCUGCGAAAACGCUUUCUGGGCAACGCCAAUCUCUGGGAGUUCUUCGACUUGGAGGACACCACCCGGUACUCGGUGCAGACCAAACUGGUCAUGGCGCCGCUGAUCCUCAUCUGCGGCCUGCUCUACUGUGUGGUCAACCUGCUGCACCUGGUGGUGCAGGUGGUGCGAUCGGAUGUGCCGCGCACAGUGGUUGUGUUUGUCCAGCGUGUGGCAAACAGCGGGCUCCUGGGCACCAUCACCAUGGGCCUGGCCGGUGGCGGUGGCGGAGGCGGAGGCAGUGCAGCCAUUCGUGGACGCCAUCAUCAAGCGAUGCGCUAAUUCUAGUCAGUCUUUGAUUAUCCAACGCACUAGUUAGCAUAUUCAUUGGCAAUGUGCUCGUGGCUUCUUGAUUAAAGUACAAUACUGGUACAAAAAA